UUGAAGCUAACUUAAAUUUCGACGAAGCGCACAAGCAACAACAAACUUGGCACAGCAAAUACUUUAAUAGUGGAAAGUAGUGCAUAACUUUUAGACCACAGUGACUUUUUCCGCGACUAGUUCAGAAACUUCUCUGGUUCGAAGCAAGUGCCCCUUGCAUUCUUUCACCAUGCAUCGAAAGACCUACUAACGUAACAUUUUGGCGAAAAUAAUUCAUAUUUCGUAAAACUUGACGCGACACUCGUAGAAUGGUAAAACGAACCAAAAUUCACAAAGUUUACGAAACAAUCGGGACAGUAUUCAGGCAUGCUUAUGUGACAUCAGUGAGCGGCUGGCUGAGGGUUUCAGUGCUGCCACCCGCGAACGGUCACAUUCCCGCCACGUGACAGUCAGUUACGAGUCAAAUUGACGCCGGAGUGCGGGGCGGCUCAGUUGAAAGUACUUCGAAUCAAAUUUGGGCAUUAGCUAAUCUAGCUUCAUUACAUAUGCACAUAGUUUUUUUUUGUUCCUGGCUGCGCUUUUCUGCUGUUUCUUACCUUGCCCAAGGAUUUUUUUUUUUUGUCAUAAGCAGUACGCAAUCUUUGCACACGCCGUCCAACAUCGCCCACUCAUGAGAAAGAAUGCUUGUCAAGCUGCUCAAAUUAUCGGGUUUUAUGCUGGUGCUCCUUCAUUGUAACGAACUAACGUCAACCAGUUAAUCUGAAUCGGUAGAUCAGUGUACCUCAGGUGCGCUGCUUUCAAAUGCAGAUACAACGCUGUAUAUACGAUAAAUACGUGUACACGAUCGAUAAAGACCUGUUCUUAAGAUCACUUCAGUAUGCUUCCGUAAGAAAACGCCAUGUUCAAAAGAUAAGGUAGUACUAAUGCCGCAUUAACGUUUUUAAAUGCUUUUUUUUUCAUAAUAUAACCGAAAACUGGAACAAGCUGCCAAGUGAUCUUGUUGAUUGACAUGGUUUUCGAAACGUUGUUGGAAUCGCCUUCUAAUGAACUGAUUGAGGUGUGCUGAUCGUGCACAAAUUUUAGCUUGUAGUACGGAAAACUGCAUGCAACAAAUUUUUACUUUUACGAGUGCUUGUUUAUUACUAUUAUUUUUGAGGGGGUUGGAAUGGCAUAAGCGCUCGUGUACCGUGCAUUAGGUUUCCGUAAAGAAAAGGAAAGAAAAAGAAACCGUCAUGGCCAAAUUAAUGGCAUACAGCAUGCCUCAUAAUCAGAUCGUGGCUUUGGCACGUAAAACCCUAGAAUUUAAUUAAAUGUUUUCUUUUAUUUAUAGCUGUUGAAUACUUCUUUGAUGCUUAUUUCUGAUGUUUGUAUUGCUAUUUUACCAAUAUGCCAAAUUCAGGUUGUAGCUAAACCACCCUGCAAUAAUGCCUUAUGGGCGAUGUGGUCAUGUAUAGUAAGUAAACACCCACGACAGUAUCCCUCUAAACGAGCGUAAUAAAGGGCAGCUGUGGAAAUGCCUCAGAGACGGAACAGGUUGAGAUGACUUUCCUCGCGCUUCAUGCUUCGUGUUCAAAAUUUAUUUUGAUGGCCAUUUAUUAUUAGUCUUGUCUUGUGUGUCUGUGUGUGUACGCUCUCAAGUUAUGAUCAUUCGUGCAGUUUUAAUAGACGCACAUACUUUUGAGCAAUUAAAAUCCGACUACUCCCGGAAUCGUUUGUGAAAUGUUGGUUGUACAAAUAACGUUGGCUAAAUUAUCUUUUUUUUUUUGAUCGAAUAGUCGCGCUGCUGUUUCCGACAGUCGCCUGUUCCACAUACUCACAGAGCAGUCACACUAUACGCCUGUAGCACCUGUGGGAAAACCACUUAACUCGCGGCAGAAUUCAUUAUCCCAUUGGUUGGCUCCUCCAGGACAGUUGCAUUUUCGCAAGAGGCUCUUUGCGAAAAACGAACUUCUAAAACGGGUUUCAACUGUUGAUUAGUAACCAGCUUGUGGACAAAAUUCUCGACGCGACGUAGGCAACCAAUGUUUCGUCUGUACAAUGAAUGUUUUUCACCAUUGUAAUUUUCCUAUAUAUUUGAGAAACUCUAGGCUGUUAUUUGCUGUUUGUCCUGACUUUCUUUGCGGGGUAGGGGCUCGUCAAGCUGUUUCCAGGAUUUUUUCCCCCCUACCUCCUUCCUAUGUAUACGCGUAAGCUCAAUGAGCAACAACAAACAACAAUACUUCGAUGUAGCAAGGAUAUCGUUAGUUCACGAUUCGCUAUAAGAACGACCCACAAUACACGGACCUCCAGAGUACACGGUUGGUGCACGACGGAAGCCGAGCACCGAGCGAGAACUCGUCCAUGCCCGCUAGGCCUCCUUGGCUCUUUGGGACCUCGCGUCGACCACGGUUUCGCAGACCCCAUGGCCUGCACGUGGAGACCGGGGCAGUGAGGGUCUCAAUUUGCUCAUCACUCCGGAAGGUGGCGCUAGUCGUCACUGUCGCUCGCCUCGACUUUCGCUGAGGACCGUCUUUUUUUUUUUUUUUUCAACUUCUGUUCAGCCAAAGCCGGGCAACAGCUGCCAACGGCGCGUUGGGCUCUUGCAAAAUGAGGAGCCGGAGGGAGGUCCCCAGAGUAGGAUUGAAACGGCGCACCCGGAAAGUCGCGGUUGGUCCGUAGUGGUGGUCCGGCGGUGUUUUGUGGGUGGCCCGGGUCGGGGCGCCGAGCGCGAGCAGUGGUGGGUUCUCUGAAGAGCCAUCCGGAUUACGACUGCUCAGGAUGGCGUAAAUCUGGCGCUUUGGAACUGCUUCAGCAACGAGGCUUCUUGAGAAGCAAGACAACGGCUUGCGCACCGGACCAAUUCUGUUGUCACCGAUGGACUAUGCCCAUGUGGGCGUAUCUAUAGAUUUCACUUCGUCGUAGCCAUCUUUCUUGGCACUCAAAGCACCUGAUGCCCGUCGAGAAGGCCUCUUGAUGCCCUACGGAGAACCUCUCGGAAAUCUCAGUAGAACUGCAGCGAGAGAUUUUGUCAUGAGCCUGUCACAUCUUUCAUAUCCACCACCUGGUGUAAGCUGUCGCCGUUUCAAGGUUGCCCAGGACGGCGACAUUGACCAGUGAAGGUUCAGCUUUCUGAUUUACUAUUUUUGUAUGUGCUAAAAGGCUUCACAAAGCUAGUGCUGUUAAGCGUUGCUAACUUGGCGCAUCAAGGUCUUGCUGCGGCUUGAGCCCCUGCUUAAGUGCCAUGCAAGCCUUUCACAUUACCAGGUGCACUGAGGAUAUACGUUUUUGAAGGUAGUAUAAGCAGAAAUUUGUUAUUUAGACUGUAGCUUGUAGUGCAAAUAGCUUUGUUCUCGUGAACUUGUCACAGCAGGGGUAAAUGUCCUACCGUCUGUUCCUUCCUUAGGGGACGGCUGUCGGGUGGUUGGCGUAGCUGUGUUUGCGAUUUUAUCGUCCUUUGUGGCCAAUGAAAUCUUAUUUUGUCGCAAAUACUUUGUAUUUUACUGCCUUCUGUAUUGUUCAGUAACCACUUUCGACUACACCAGCAAACUCUCACGGUCUUGGUGACGUGCUACUUCGGUGAAUGCGACUACGCCGCCAUCUGCAGAAAUACAGACACUGACAGCUGAUCACCGUUAAUGGCACGUGCUUCACCUUGCUCAUCGAGAGCCGUCCAACACGAGGAGUUAACUCGCAGCACGUCCACUGCCGUCGUUAGAGCUAACGUGCCUUUCUGAACUUGUUAUGUGUAGUCUACCCUGUCGUGCCGUCUCCUUGUGACGUCUGGUGGGUGUGUGGUCUGCUUGUGUCGUCUUACGGUUUUCGUCGUCUGGUAGUCACAUUGCGUGUGUCGUCUCACGGUAUCGUGGUCUGCUGUCUGCGCGGGCUGCCUUUAUCGUCUGUGAAUCAUGGGUUCCUCAAAGAAGUCGAGGACCAGCUCCAAGAGCAGCAAGAGCAAAACCGGCAGCCGCCGGUCGAAACGCGAGCGCCGAUUUCAGGAGGCCGCGGCAGGACCGGAAGAGGAUCCCAAGGCGGUGCUACAGAGCGAGCGGCGCGCCCUCCUGUGGGCCACUCUGGCCGCCAUGCUGGGCUUCUUCCUGUGGAUCAUCUGCAUCGGCACCGAACAAUGGGUCACCGUAGUGGCGCCCGAGUCAGGCCCCGUGUACGUGAACCGCACCAAGAGUUUCUUCCUGUACGCCAACAUGGGUCUCUUCCGGAUGUGCCGGACCACUGCGCCAGCCAUGCCCAAUGGGAAACCCGGAGCUGAACAGAGCUCCUGUUCCUUCUUCAGCGUGUUCCCGUCGGAGGAAGCUAUCCGACAUGACAUGGAGAUUGACCGCACAAUUCUUGAGUACACCCGCUCGGAGGUGGCCUUCUGCACCCUGAGCCUCGUCAUGCUGCUCAUGGGCAUCGGGUUCUCUGUGUACACCUUCAAGGAGCACCGGUACAUGUUCAAGAGGCUCGCAGGAGGGGUGCACUUCAUCAGCGCCGGCGUGAUGAUGGUGGUGAUGGAAGUGGAGAACAACUCGGCCACCUACGAGGAGCGCUACCUGACCUCGCGGCUGCCCAAGGGUUGCCGCUGGAACUUUGGCUUCUCCUACUACUUCGCCUGGAUCACCUUCGGCAUGUACAUCGUCAUCGGCCUCACCUUUAUCGUCUGCUCUCGCAAGCGCAAGGGGCUCCCCGAUUUGCACGACGCGCCGCAGAUCAUCGGGCGGUGACCGUCGAGCCACGUCGUCUGCUCCGAGUUCGCGCAUGGCUUGCCGGAAACCUCCGUACGCGGCCGGGUCCCAUGGCGUGCUGUUGCUGUCGGCACGCGAAAGCGAGAGCUCAUCAAGGACCUCGCUUGCAGUGGAGAUGAACGUCGUGCUUGCAAAACACGCCUAUUCGGAGUAACGAGGCGUCAGUGAUACCAGAGCGUGUAAACGCUGCGGUCUAAAAAAAGAAGAAAGCGCUGACUGUUCAGUCCGUAAGCUUUCGCCUUUCUUGUGGACUUUUCCCACGCGAUUUCAUCUAGUGCACGCCAACACGUCGCAGAAAGAAAUAUUUCGUUAAUGUUUGUAUACAGUGCCAGAAGUAUGAAAUGGUACUCGCGAGCGCGUGCCCAAGCUCGAGCUGCGGAUUGUUUAAAUAGCCAAAAACUGUUCGGAAACGCGAAAGCGCGCCCUGUCAAGUUGUGACAUAGCAGUUUUACAACCGGCGUUUCCGAACAGGCUGCUCAAAGACAUGCUAGUACGUUAGUGACAAACACCGCUAUGCUACGACGCAGCAGGCCGUGCCGCUCUCCUGGAGUGGUGCUCUGGACAUGGCAUUGGUAAUUAGCGUCAUAUUGUAGAAUUCACCGUCUUGACUGUUCUGACUGGGUCGUGAGGUUGCUGCCGCUCCUAAACGCCGCCAUUGCGGAAUAGACGAUAUGACGGAAUUUGACUGUGUCCAGGAUUGAAACCUCCGGAUGGCGAACAGCCCGCAGAAGUCCACAUCUCCCGCUGCGGCAAGUGCUAGUGAGCUCAUUUUUCAUAUAAUCAUGCUGACUGUACUCCGCAAGAAAUGAAACUUCAUAUAAUCGCAUUUUUGCCACGCAGUGAUUUUCGUCGCUAAUUCCGACUGAACUCGCUUUUACCACCAUUCUGCGCAAUUCCUGUUUCUGCUACUGAAGUGCGCACUUGCGUUCUUGAGUAAAUGACGGCAAUAGGUGACCAAUGGAUGGGGUCUCUUGAUGUCUCUUUUUUUACAGAAAGCGGAGGGAACUUUGAUGCAGACUAUUGCGUAACUCACAAGAAAGGCGCAAAUUUUGGUGCGACAGAUUUUUAUCACCCACGAGCUCGUUGUCAGCUCCGGAAGGCAGUGCUUGUCGGCAGUCAUGGCUUCUCCCUAUGUCAGCCAAAAGCUAACAGUGCCACUGCUGCGGUUAGUGCAGCAAUAUAGCCAUGCCUUUCCGACGCGUUCAUGUGGAUCAUCUUGAAGUGGUCUUGGUAUGCGAAACAUGCGGCUGUGUUGCUCGUGGCUGUGUCGUGAGCGUUUUCUAAAUGCCAGCGCACCCAAUAAACGAAGUGUUCGCGGAAGAUAAAACAGGUGGUUAAGUAAAAAAAAAAAGUGCUACGAUAGCGGAAGGUAGGUGCUGGUUUUAACGCAAAGCUGGAGAUAUGAGCCUCAUCGCACGCCUGUGCAGGCUGUUCGAGUGGAGCGGUAAAGCAAACGACAAGACACGUACACACAGAAGGAGAAAACGCACCGAACUGGGAGGAACAAAAGCGCACACGCAUGCACAAACACCCGAACUCAAAGAGGCAAGGCACACGAAUGUGCGCACAUGCGCACAAACACGCACACACACACGCACACACACACACACACACACACACACACACACGCACACACACACACACACUGGAUCGUUUGCGAAAUCUCAUUGAAUCUUUUGCCACACAGGAGACCGAAAGCAUUUUUGCUGAGCGGAGAUCUAUGACGUAGAUCCAAUACACACCAACAAUGUUACACAGCUUGAAGCGCCACUGCACGAAUUUAACGCAACGCAGGCGGAAAAGAGGGAAAAUAUGGUGCCUUCUACGGUCUGCCCAUGCUUCCCUCUUUAUACUCAGCGGUGAUUGUGUAUGCUGCCUUUUUAAUGAUCAUAAUGUUUCGCUGGUCACCUUGGAGGAAGCACAGAAAGUACCAACAGCCAGUUGUCAUAAAACGCCUAAUAUAAGCCCACAUCCAGUGUCACAUUUCAACUGGGCUUUUCCGUCAGCGCUAAAGACAAUCCUAAACAGCUGUCCACAGCCUGGCUUGCACGUCUAUCUUGCCGUGCAUCAGCCACGGGAUGCACACGUUGGCCUUGUUGAAACAAUUACCAUUGUCAGAAGGUCUCGUCAGAGGGCUUGAUGCAGUCUUUUUUCUUUGAAUAAAGUGACUUGUUACUUGUG